AUGGUCAACAAAGACCAGGUAUCAGAUUGCCUAAGGAGAGGGUGGAUCGUCUUGGCACCAAAUCAUCGCCUUUGUCCCCAAGUUAAUCUCUUGGAGGGUCCAAUGCAAGACUGUCGUGAUCUCCUAGCUUGGGUUUACGACGGAGGUCUCGAAACACCUUUACGCAAAGCGAGCUCAACACUAGUACCGGAUCUCGACCAUGUGUUUGCCUUCGGUACCUCUUCUGGUGGGCAUUUAUCACUUUGUUUGGGCUUUGGCGUUACUCGUCCAGUUGCAGGAAUCUACGAUAUGUAUGGCCCUAGCAACUUUGCCGAUGACUUCUGGACGACAAGACUUGAGGGCAUGAAGCUACCACCAGGACUCAAAGACUCAUUUAUCAACAAAGUAUUUGACGAGGACCCAGUUCCCAUCACUGGAGGUGUCUCUCUCGAAGGCCAGGCGACUGGACCUCCAGACUUUAGCGACCCCCGCCAAGCAUAUGCCCUGACACAACUGGCGAACGGCACUGUCCUCGAUGCCAUCUUCCCUUCAAAAGACUGGAGCAAGGUCGACCCAGCACUAAACGUUGAUUCUUCGUUUCCUCCAACCUUUAUAGUCCAUGGUGCUGCAGAUACAAAAGUGCCGAUUCAUCUGAGUAGAAAGCUUUUUGAUGUGCUGAAGCAGAACGGUGUUAACUGCUGUAUGGUGGAGGUUCCCGGGGAGGAGCAUACUUUUGCGGCCAUGAUGGAGGUUGGAUCUGUUACUUGGAAUCUUCAGCGACAGGGCUUUGACUUCCUUGAGUCUUUGAUUGAGUAG